AUGACAUCGCCUAUAAAGAAUAAUGUUGCUUUACGAUACUUGGAGUCAAUCAAUGAUUCAGGUGUUGAGACUCCAAAUAGAUUACCAUUACAGCCGACAUUGAAGUACAAUUUGACACCCUCAAGAACAAAGAAGGAUCAAACAGAUGAGCAGGACUUAGACAAGUUAGCAAAGCAAUUGAAUAUUAAUCCAACAACUAGUCCAUCGAAGACAGCUUUGCUUAGAAGCAAAUUUGAAUCACCUUCAGUCACUGUUUCUUCAUUCAAGAGUCCCCUGAGUAAAUCCAACACUUCGGCAGCGAGUAGCCGUAGUGGAACUCCCUUAAGAAGAACUCCUUUGGAUGGAAACGAAAGUAAGAAACCUUCUACAUUUAAGAAAGAUGUGAUUGACCUGAGUUCAACUAAAGGUUACUUGGAAACACCACUGUCAUUUAAAGAUAACAACAAGUUAUCUCCUUUGAAACAGCAAAUGAAUACCCCUUCUCCAAGUCAUACCCCAUUUUUAUCAUCUCCCAGCAAUAAUACCUCUAAGUAUUCUCCUGGAUAUGAAUACUUGUGUCGCAUAAUGGCUUUAAAGAAUUGGCUUGAGAGAGUAUUACAAGAAUCAAUAACUCAAGAACCAACAGAAUUAAUUUCUUAUAUUAGAAAUGGUAUUCAUUUAGCAAAAUUAACCAAUGUUAUUUUGAAUUCUAAGAAGACUGUGUUCAUUAACGACUCUAAAUUACAAUUUAGACAUACUGAAAAUAUAAACAGAUUUUUUCAAUUGUUAGAUCACCUAAAUGUUCCUGACCUAUUCAGAUUUGAGUUGACAGAUUUGUAUGAUGCUAAGAAUGUUCCAAAGGUCUGGUUCUGUUUGCAUGCAAUGAGUUAUAUGCUCAACAAGAUUGAACCUUCAUAUCCACGGGUUGAAAAUUUAGUUAAUCGAGUGGAUUUUUCAGGCGAAGAAAUUAGAACUGCAAAUAGAGCUUUAGUUGGUGCCGGUUUACCCAACUUUUCAAGUGCUGAUACAAGCGAUUCAUCGCCUUUAAAAGCAGGUGAGAGCAGCUACAUGAACCGUGCCUUAGCAUCCUCAAAUAAACCUCUACCAUUAAAAGGCUUCAAUUCUGGCGAUAAAAUUGAUAAGGAAAACCCGUUCAUGGAAAGGUCUACCAAACUAUUGCCAAAAGAUGAGCAUGUAACGAGACCCGAAGACUCGAUCUAUUCACCGCUCAAGAAAAAUGUUGAGCAAUACAAUUAUUCUAGACAGUCAAAAUUAAAUUCUUAUUCUUCAUCCAUAUCUAAAGACAUUGACUACAAAAGUAGCAAAUAUUAUACCCCUGAGGUAAACGAGCAUAUCCAAAAUGUUAUAAAACUUCAAGCAUUAGCUCGAGGUGCCAACUUUCGUUAUAGGAUGUUUGUUGAUCGUAUAAUGAUAAAAUCAUUUGGCGAUGAAUUAACUUACUUUGUUUCCAUUAUGAGAGGUAAUAUGUCUCGUAACAAGACCGUUCAUAAGCACCGAGAUGAAUUAUUAAUCUACAAACACGAGCUUGUGGAAUUACAGUCAAUCAUAAGAUCCAGACUUUCAAAAUCUUUAAAUAACUUUAAUUUUAGUGGUUGUGAAAAUUCAUCUAUAGGCUUUCAAUCUACAAUCCGUGGUUAUUUGGAAAGAAAACGAGUCAACACCGUGAAGAAUGCAUUAUUGAAAAGUAAGAACUCAAUUAUUGACUUACAAUCGGUUAUGAAAGCAAAAUUAAUUCGGCCAAAGGCUAUUGUUCUCAUGAAACAUAAAGACUCAAUUGAGCCAUCCAUUCUAGAAUUCCAAGCAAUUUGCCGUGGUUGCUUGUUUCAUAGAUAUGCGAACAACAAUAUCAUUAAGAAUUUAACCAAUGGUGGCGGUAUUGUUCAACUUCAAUCCAUAAUUAGAGGUCAAGUCAUUAGGGAUGAUAUAAUGAGAAAACGAGAGAUUAUAUCCAGGUCCUUGUCUGACUUAUGUGAUCUCCAAAGUAUCGCAAGGGGUGGUAUUUCUAGAACAAGGUUAUGUAACAAUGUGUUGGUUACUUUGAUUUAUGAGGAUACGGUUUUGAAUAAUUUGUAUGCAAAAGCAAGAGGGAAUAACGUCAGGAAGGAAAUAAGAUGGAAGAAGGACACUUUGAAACAAAAUGAAAACAAAGCAAUCUUACCAAUACAAACUAUAUUUAGAGGUAUCUUAUGCAGAUUUCAACGUGAGAUAAAAUUGGAUGAUUUGUACAAUGACAUCGACAAUAUAAUUAACUUACAAUCGGUGAUAAGGGGAAAAAUCAUUAGAAAUGAAAUUGCUUCCAUUGAACAGUACUAUAAUGUAAAUUCUGAUAAGGUGAUAAAAGCUCAAGCCAUAAUUAAAAGUAAUUUCACACAGAGGGCUUAUAAAUCUCUUAUCAAUAUGAAAAACCCACCUUUGACAGUUAUACAAAGAUUCGCAUAUUUGUUGACAGACAAUGAUAUGGAUUAUCAAGAGGAGAUGGAGUUGUCAGAAUUAAAAGAUAAGAUAAUCAGCAAAUCCAAAACCAAUGAAGAUUUAGAACUUCAAAUUGAAAAUUCUGACAUAAAGUUGAGCUUAUUGGAUAAAAAUAAAAUUACUGUUGAAGAAUUCAUAAAACAUAAGAAUAAAUACAAGACAUAUAAACCAGCCACCAACAAUGCAGUCAAUCUCCAAAAUUUAGCAAAGCUCAAUAAAUCUUCUAGGGAAAGAAUUGAUUUAUAUCAAACAAUGUUUUAUUUCCUUCAAACAAAGCCAGUAUAUUUUAUCAGGUUGUAUAACAGCAUUCCAAUUGCAUCUAAAGAUUCCAAAUUUAACAAAGAUCUUCAAUGCUAUAUUACCCUGAUGUUCCCCAUAAAAGAUUCGUCUAUCAAUCAUCAUUCGAGAGAAGAGUUUUUCUUGGUUAAAUUCAUUUCUAGUAUGAUGAAGAAUGAUAUGGAGUAUAACUGCAGAACUAUAAGUGAUAUUACGAAGUGUCAGGAGUGCUUUUGGAUAGAUUAUUUGUUACAGUUUAACAACCAUACAUACCAAAGACUUCAUUUAAAAAGUUUAAUGGGAAAAUCUGUCUCUAAUAUUAUAGAUAAUGAUGAUCUUGACUUUGAAUCCGACCCUUCUGAGAUAUAUAAUGAUGUUGUUAAAAGAGAAAUUAAAAUAAAUGGUUCUUCUGAUAUGCCUGAACAUGUCACUUCACAAGUUGCUAUCAAAAACCCUGAUGUAUCGGCUAAGUUUGUAAAAAACUUGAUGCAUUUAAGAGAAUUUUCAACUGAGGUAUUCAAUUUAUUGGAAAAAUCUAUUGAAAGAAUUCCAAUCCAUAUGAGGCUACUUUCAAAUAAUGCAUACCGCUUAUCUCAGCUCUACUUUCCAGAAAAAUCAGAGCAACAACAUUUAGCAGUAGCGGGAGUUAUAUUCAUAAAGCAUUAUAUAUCUGCUAUAUUACAAUACCCUGAAAAUUUUGGUUACCUAGCUAAAAGUCCAUUUAAUGCAUCAUUAUAUAACGCUAAAGCCAAGGACAACCUCAGGCAUUUGAGCAGAGUAUUGCUCCAAAUGUUUUCUAUGAAGCCAUUUAGUGAUAAUUACUUGAAACCACUAAAUGAUUACGUCCUUUCAAUGAAUGACAUGAUUAGAAAAAUGGUGUCUAGAUUGAUAGAUGUUAAAAGUAUAGAGGAUGAAUAUGAAUUAAAUGACUAUGAUGAUAUUGUAACUCAUGAAAGACCUAAAUUGAGUAUGAAGGUGAGUGAUAUGAUUAUGCUUGAAAAAAUAGUGAGUCAAAAUGUUGAUGUGAUGGCACCAAGUUCCGAUGACCAAUUAUGUGAUAUAACGUCUAAGUUAGAAGAUGUUAUAAAUUCUGCCGAUGAUUUUGUGACUUUAACAGAAUUAGGUACAGUAACUUUGAAUUUGAACCCAACUACAAAGGAAGAUUCGUUAGCAGAUUCAAAGGUAUCUUCAUUAAUUUCACAAGCAAAAAGAUGUAUAUUAUACAUUAUUAGAAUUCAAGAAGGAAGUGGUUUGUUAGAGUUGCUUAUUUCUGGUAUCAAACCUCAACAUGAAGCUAAAUUUAAAGAAAUUGUCAACUUUGAAAGAAAGGAGAUGGAAGAGUCUAGUACCAAUAUCAAAAAGAGACCAUAUUAUAAGACAUCAUUGGGUAACUUAUCUUUGUUAACAUAUCAUGAAUUAAAGAAAAUGGCAUUAGAAAUCAUCUUGAAAUUAGAAUCUAUGGGAAUCCUAACAAGAAAAAAUGCUUUCCAAGAUAUUCUUAAUCAAAUUGCAAUAGAUAUCAAAACAAAGCACUCUCAAAGGGUUAAUCGUAAAGCACAAAUUGACAUUGCUAAUAAAACACAAAAGAAGUUAUUAGAUAAAGAAAAAUUUUUAACAAAGCAAUUAUCAGAUUAUAACCAGCAUAUUGACAAUGUUUUAUCAGAGUUGCAACUGAAGUCAAAAGAUAAAAAGUUAUUUAAUAUAAUUCCAGUUUUUAGUAAGCAAUACUUUUACCACAGAGAAUUAAAGAAAUCAAACAGACUUCCGAAAUUUGGUUCUUACAAGUAUUCUGCUAAGAAAUUAAUAGAUCAAGAAAUUUUGAUCGAUUUUGGGGGUCUUAUGAGCCAACGUUACUCAUCAUCAUCAAAAUUAGAUUUCAUGUUCAGCUGCCAUGAAGUAGGAAAAUUUACAAUCGAAGCUGCUACAGGGUCUGUGAAUAUUCCAGGUGCUUAUAAUUCGAUUACGAUUGAUCAAUUAUUGAAUCUUCAGUAUGAAAAUAAAGAGAAAUUCGAAUUAUUUGAUGGCAUGGUAAUAUUGGAUACUCAUAACUUAACUGGUUUCAUUUUCAGAAAGUUCUAUGAUCUUAAAAAAGACUAA